AUGGAUCCCCUACAAGGGGCACAGGAUGUAAUUAGAUGCGACAUUUGCUCAGAUCUUGAAAAGUCGCCAGCGGAGGUGCAUUGUAACACCUGCCACACGAAUGUUUGCAGUCCUUGUGUUGUCAAACACAUGGAACUGGACAGGUCUAGGAAACAUGAUAUUGUUCUCUUUCACUCUGCGAAAACAGAUCUCAUACUGCCAAAUUGCUCAUCCCACGUCAAGCUCAAAUGUGAGCUGUUUUGUAAGGAGUGUUUGAUUCCUGUUUGUCUGAAAUGCCUCUCCUCCGACCACAACAGCCACAAAGUGGAAGAAGUUACCGAGUUAUGCAAGUCUCUCGUGCAUGAAAUUGAAAACGAAACAGAUGAACUGGAAUCGUAUAUCAUUCCUGAAUAUGAUAAAAUUAUGGAAAAUGAAGGAGAGAAUUUGAAGACAAUGCUACAGAAGUAUGACAAAUUUGAGUCUUCCAUUGAGGAGCACGGAAAACAAGUUCACAGGCUGGUAGAUAUUGUAAUACAGAAGUACAAAGACAGAGCUAACCAGAUGAUGCAAGCUGAUGCUAAAAUGUUAGGCCAGCAAAAAGAAGAAGUAACUGUGCUAUUGUGUGAGGCGAAACAGGCUGCAAGAAGAAAUAAAGCAGUAGUUAGAUCAAAGAAUGCCGCAGAACUGAUGAACCACAAAUCAGAAAAUUCCAAACUUCGAAACAUCCCUCAAUCGAAAAGCAUAAUUCCUCCAACUUUUGCACCAAAACCUGUAUCUAUUGAGUUACUGGAGAGUUUCUUUGGAACCAUACCCGAUUCCCUUGUUUUGUUCAAGCAGGGUUACACUCUACAAACAAGUGACGUCAGCUCCACAGUUAGCGCUUCAACGCCUGCAGCUAUUGACCGGGUGGUUUCUUCGUUUCCUACAUUCUAUAAGUCGCUUUUCAGAGUAUCUUGCACAAAGUUUGGGAAAUUAUGGACAAGCGGAUAUGAAAACACGAUCAAAUGUCUGGAUAUGUACACUGGCUCUAUACUCGACAAUGCAGUGCUAAGUUUGAAUCCUAUUGACCUUUGUGUUACUGCCGCUGGAGAUCUGUUUGUCUGUGACGGUUUGGGUGUCAUUAAAAGAGAAAUAACAGGCGCCUUACACUCGUAUUUUGACGUCCCCAAAGGAUGGGGCGCUGAAGCACUCACAACGUCGUCUUACCCCAAUGGUGCCCUGCUCGUGUUUUUGAGACGCGAGGACAACAGACAAUCCAAAGUUGUCCGAGUGAUCGAUGCCAUAGUCCGAGGCGAAUUUCAGUACGAUGACAAGGGUAGAGAAAUCUAUCACACGAGCUGUUAUGAUUACUUUCUCACAGAAAACAGAAAUGGCGAUGUUUGUGUGUCUGAUACAACAUCGCUCGCUGUGGUAGAUAAAUCUGGUAAAUUCCGCUUUAAGUACCAUGGUAACGUAUUUGCAACUUUUGAUAAGCCAUUUAAGCCACGAGGCCUUGCUACGGAUACAAAUGGCAACAUCUUACUGACAGACCUAGACAAUAGAUGCAUUCAUCUGAUCGAUGAAAAUGGUGUGUUCAUUCGAUACAUCACGUGUGGAGGAAUAUUGGACAAAGUGUGUGACCUUUGCAUUGAUGACCAGGGAAAGAUAUGGGUAGCAGAAAGACGUACUGCAAAAGUAAAAUGUAUCGAAUAUCACUAAUAAUUCUUUGAUUAAAAAAAAUAUCCUUA